AUGGCAUCAGAAGAGUCAAAAGACUUAAUAAUUUCUUUAUUAAAUGGGGCUAAUAGCUCAGAAAGAGAUAAGCAAGAUUAUUUAGCAAGUGCCUACGAAUUAAUUUUUCAUAAGGAGCCAAUUUUAUUAGACGAGUUUUAUGCAAGUUUUGUAGAUUUCGCUCUCGAUAGGUCCAAAGCAGUGAAAAUUCAAAUUAUACCUUAUAUCGAAUCAAUAUGUAAAAAAUACCCAAAAUAUUUCAGUAUAUCAAAUUUAAACUUAUUAUUAACGAGUGAUAUAAAGUCAGUUGUUAAAAGAACAAUAUUAUGUAUAACAAAUUUAAUAAGAGCAGUUUUAUUUUAUAUAGUUCAAUCACCACAAAGUGAUCAAAUUUAUCAAGUUUGGAAUUCAUUCAAUAUUGUUAAAGAUCAUAUUGUCAAAUUAAGUAUUUCAUCAGAGGACGAGUCAAUUAGAACGAGCGCAUUUAAAAUGCUUGAGGUUUUGAUAUUAUCAUAUUCCUCACCAAGCGAAUAUAAACAGUCUAAAAAGUAUAAAUCAGAUGAAGAGUUUUCAUUAGAUAAGGUACCAUCAAAUCAUUACCUCAUUUCAAAAUCAUCCCUAAACAAAGAAUGCGAAACAUAUUUAAAUAUUUUAUUAGAUAGCGCAAAGGAUUUAAAGAAUAUGACCAGCCAGAAUAUAAUGACAUUAGUUACAUCAUUGACCAAUAUUUUAAGACAGAGAUUUUCAAUGUUACCUAAAAUUAUAACAGUAAUUUGCCAAUGCCCAAAUAUAGUGCCAAGGUUUCAAACAGUUCAACAAGAAAGCGUUAGACACACAUUAAAGGUUUCAUUAUUAUCAAUUAUACGUUUAAAGAAAAAGGAUUUACUUGCACCAUAUAUGCAAGACUUAAUUCAAGCCUGUAACAAAAUUGAUUCAAAGGAUGCCGCUGAAGAAGCUGCCAGAUGGUUUUUUAGUGACAAUGAUUCUGAUAAAAAGAAAAGACAUUUUGAAAGUUCACACGAUUCGUCAAAUAAAAAGAAAUCAAAAACUGAACAUGUAUAUGGGGUUAAUAAUAAUGUUAUAGAUUAUCAACAAUCAGGUAAUAAUAGUAAUGAUAAUAAUAAUAGUAAUAAUAAUAAUAACAAUAGUAGUAAUAAUAUAAAUAAUAUAAAUAAUGGUAAUUUUGUUGAAAAGCCUGGCUUAUUAAUGGAUAGUGAUACUCUAUCAAAGAUAAUAGAUACUAUCGAAUUUUUAAAUCCAGAUUUUGUUAGAGAAUUAGUUAUAGAAAAUAUGAGCCAUGUUCCUAUAUUUGGUUUAUUACAAGGUAUACCGCAAAGUUGUCCAGGUUUUAAAGAAAUUACAGAGUUUUUAAAUUCCUAUCAAAAUAAAAAUAUUCAACCUGUUCAAUUUGUUAAUAAUUUUCAACAAAGACAACCAUUUCCAAAUCAACCAUAUAUGGGUGGUUAUAAAUCACCUGCUUUACAGCCUCAGCCACAACAGGGGGCACCAAAUCAACCAUUCAUACUUUCACCACCAGUACCACCUUCACAAUCAACAUUUCACAAACAACAGCAACAAAAGAUACAGCAAAAUCAACCACCAAAAAUACCACCACAAUUUAAUUUACAACAAACACAGCCAAAUACACUACCUUUACAACCAGUUUAUGAUAAUGAAUCUGACGAUGAAGUUGAUGACGAAACACCAUUAUUUAAAGAAGAAAUUAAAAACGUUGAUGAUGACGAUGAGUCCGAAUCCGAAGAAAAAGAAAUGGUUAAAAAAGAAGAAAACACAGCAGAUCAAAUUAACGAAAGCAAUACAAUCGAUUCAAUUGGUAAAGCUGAAAUUAUACCUUCAGUCACACCAAGACCAGUAUUCAAAAUCCCUCCAUUAACUCCAGAACGUGCAAAACAUAUUGGUGACUCAGCAUUAAUGAGAAUUAAAAUUUGCGAACCAGGCAUUAUAACAACAGGCAAACACCAUCUUUGGACUUCAAUAUUAGGGCGUAUUCUUUCAUUAAGACCAGACCAAGAGAACAUUGAAGAAUUGGAUGAGUUUGUUCCAUUUAUUGUUGAAGAUUUUCAAAAUCAUAGAGAAUUUGCAUUACAGUGGUUAUAUAACGAAUUAUUUAUUGCAAAGCAAAUUUUACCAACUUUUAGCCCCGACUCAAUGAAAAGAUAUACCAAUCUCUUAAGAAAGCUAAUCAAGUAUAUGCGAAAACACUUUCCACCAAAAGACCCAGAAAUUGGUUUAUUCAUUCUCGAUGUUCCAUAUAUUACCGAUCAAUUAUUACAUUCAAUAAAUUGCAAAGUGGUUGCUGAAGCCCAAGGUUUAAUUUAUACAAGUUCGAAAUGGGAUUUAAAUAAAGUAUUUUCAAAUGAACAUAAUGUUAUUACAAAACCAAAACCACCAACUGCAGAGGCAGAGGAGAAUGGUACAACAGCAUCAGAGAAUGGUAAUGUUAGCGAUAGCCCAGAUCAAACUCCAAUUGAUCAAAAAACACUUCAAGAAAAAGAAAGUGAGUGGUUACCAGCAGGUUUAGCAAUUCUAAGAGAUUUAAUACUUUGGAGACCAACUGUACGUACACAAUGCCUUAAUAGUUUAUUGGAGUUUUCAACAUCUAAAGAUGAUACUGUUCGUGCGCCAUCAAUUAAUUUAAUUGCAAACCAACUUUACAUUAGACCAUCUCUUCAAGAAACUAUUCACAAUUUUGCAAAAGAACAAAUUUUACUUUUAAAUAAAUAUAAAGAUAGAUUGGAUGAAGAAAUGAAAACUCAAAAAACAAAGGAUCCAUCAAUUAAAUUUAGUGAAUUAAUGAACCAAGACGAUAGUGAUAGCGAAACAGAAUUAAAAAUUAAAAUCGAAAAGGAUGAUACUAUUAAAAUUAAAGAGGAGGAUGAUGAAGUUAUGAAAGAGGAUCAACAGGAGCCAGAGCAAAACCAAGAUCUAGACCAAGAAAAAGAAAAAGAGGAAAAAGUUAUUAAAGAAUCACCAUCAGCAACAAACGAUACUGGCGAGAAAAUUUAUCCAGAACCAAUUCAAAAAGAAAUUAAAAAGUUUAUUGAAACAAGAGUAACUCUUUUCUUUUCAUUAAUCAUCAAAAAUCAUCAAUUAUUAAGUGACUUAUUAGAGCUUUAUCCAAGCUAUAACUCAAUAACCCAAGAUGUUGUAAAAAGAUUAGCGGGAUUCGUUAUUAAACACAUUGGUCAAAGUGGUAUUACUUCAUCGCUUUUACAAGUUAUUUCUGUUUGUCCAGUUGGUUCAGAGAAUCUUACUAUCGAGGUAUUAAAUUCAUUGGUAGCUUCAGAAAAACCUAGUCAAGAGUUGGUCGAUUCAGUAAAAUCAUUACUAUUAACAAAUAAUGAUUUAAGAUUCCUCUUACCAGUUGUUAAAGGUUUAAAGAAAGAAGAAAUUAUCAGUAGAUUACCAUCAUUCAUUUCAUUACCAAAUAAGGAAGAUUCCAAACAAUUCAUUUUGGUUUUAGCAUCUGGUGACUCACCUAUUUCAGCAUCAGAACUUUUAGUUCAACUUCACCUAAUUUCUAAUGAAUCAUUAUUAAAGAAUGUUAUUGACUCUAUCGACUACUGUUUAUCAAUUACAGACACCUUUAAACAAGAAAUUGUUGCAGCAUCUAUCAAUCAAUUAAUGGCUCAAUCCCAGUUACCAAAGUUCUUUAUGAGAACUAUUUUAAAAACUCUUCAAAUUCAUCCACGUUUAAAAACAUUUGUUGUUGAAAUACUCAGUCGUUUAGUCGCAAAACAGGUAUGGAACGAUAAGACACUAUGGGAUGGUUUCAUUUAUUGUGCCAAACUUGCAAAACCAGAAUCAUUAGAAGUAGUUCUCCAACUUCCACCACCCCAAUUCGAAAUGGCCUGUAGUAAUAGCGAUCUUAAAAAUAUAAUUAUCAAAUUCUUAAAAGAUAACGAUCCAAAGAACUAUCCAAAACAAAAUAUUAAAAUAUUAAAUAUUAAAUAA